AUGCAGAACGCGGGCGCCGCGUGCGCGGCGGCGGCGCAGGGCGAGGGCAAGGGUCGCGGCCCCGGGCCGCCAGCGCGCACAACGUUCGCGCAACUUGCGAAGCAACUGAUAACGGAGGAGGUGGGCGACCAGAGCCGCGAUACCUCGGAGAGCGCGAUGCAGCAGUGCUCGGAGCGCGAGUCUUGGGACAUCGUGCGGACGUGCCACGCCUGUCGUCUCGAGCGCUGCCACGACGAGAGCAAGGUGGAGAUCGCGAGGGCCGUCGACUGGCUCGAGCUGCAGAAGGUGAUCCGCCUCUUCUUGGGGCAGAUCGGGGAGUUGGAAAUUUUGGGGCUCGGCAUGUCGCGCCGCCGGGUCUGGCCUCCCGCGCCUCGGCGCGGCACGCUGGCCACGCCCCGGUCCGCAGAGUUGACGUGGACGUUGACCUCGGACACCGAGCAGAUCGGCGAUGGCUACCACGGGGGCCACGUCAUGGUCGCUGGCUCGCAGGAUGGUGUGUGGGUGGGCACUGCUCACAUGCAAGCCGUGGACUUCGUGUCGAUGGGCAAGUUCUUUCACGAGUACCCGGCCUUGUAUUUCAAGUACCAGGAUCCUUCAUUCUUCUCGCAGUCAAGGGCGGGGAAGGGGUAA